ACAAUAAUCGGUAUAUGGGACGGGAGGGGAGUAGUUUGUAAGGCGUCACCAAAGGGGGCUCGAGCCAAAAUCCAACUCAUUAUUUCAUUUCUUGACAUCUUCUCCAAGUCGCCGAGAAAACCCUAGCAACAGGCACAUAACAAUGAAGCGGAAACGUGCAUAUGGGCAGCGCAAAGCUAAAACUCCAUUGGCGAAGAAGACAGUGCAAAUUGAUGCUACUCUAGUAGCAGAAAAUGAUGAACCAGAAGUACCUGAAACCAGCAUGAAUUUUCAACCUGUUGGAAAAUCUGUAUCUGAUGAGAAAACAGAGAAAAAUCUCACCUCUGUGCAUAUGGAAACUGAAACUCCAAGAAAUGGUAGCAGACAAGCAGAUUUAGAGAUAGAAAAAGCUGUUUAUGGGAGAAUGCAGAAUCAUCCAAAUGAAUUGCGCAAAAUGAUUGCAUCCAUUAUCAAAGACAUGUCUAAGGAAGCUGGUGGACUAGCUAACCUGACAAAAACCUUGGCUGAGAACUCAAUCAGCAAUGAACAAAUGGAGCAACCUCAUGCUGACAUGGAUCUUGAUGAAAACAACAGCAAACUACAUCAAAAUCCAGAAUACAAGCAGCAAGAAUUGGAUACUGCCCUAUCAGUUAUCAAAAAGACAAUGAAGUUGGAUGCAGCUGAUCCAUUUAACAGACCUGUAGAUCCUGUUGCACUUGAAAUACCUGAUUACUUUGAUGUUAUCGAUACACCAAUGGAUUUUGGUACAAUAUGCAACAACCUUGAGAAUGGUCUCAAGUACAUGAAUUCAGGAGACGUGUUUAAAGAUGUAGAAUAUAUUUGGUAUAAUUGUGUCAAAUAUAAUAAGAAGGGUGAUCAUAUUUUGGAGCUCAUGAAGCGGGUGAAGACAUUCUUUACAAAGUACUGGAUAGCAGCUGGACUACACUGUGAACAAUCACCAACUUUUGUUAUAGAACCUGCAGUGCAACAAAAUAUGCAUAACGAGGGACAUUCAGUGAGUCCUGUUACUCCUAUUGCUGAUAAAAGGUCAACCCAAGUACAAUCCAUUCCACCCUCAUCCAAAGAGAAUAGGCCUGGAUUGAGCUCUAAUGUGCAAUAUCAUGUCCCAGGAUUCACAAAUGCAAAUUCUGGUGUUGCAGAGUCUUCUAUCUCAAGGCACAAGAAACAAGGAAAAGACUUCCCACUUGUCCCACUCACCAACAAUUUGUCCAACCAAAACGCCUCUGGUUCUAACCAAAUAGUACAAAAUCAACCCGAGCCAAUCAACAUGCAGCACCCUGUUCUACCUCAACAGAGCUCUAACAACCUCCCACAAUCCUCCCCUGAACAAGAUGAGCCUAACAUUGAUUCUAGAAGUAUUCAAAAGAAACGCCAAGGUCGUGGGCCCACACGUUGCGUUAGAUUGUUGAAUACAGUCGGGCGGAUAAAAGUCCUGACCAAUGAACUCGGGCAGCCCGUGGGGUCAGAGGCAUCACAGUUGACCAGCUUUUUAGGUCUAACAGCACGUGAUGGAAACUUGGCUCCCUUGAUUUAUCCUAGUUGGAGCAAAGUACCAGAAGAGAAUAAGGAGAACAUGUGGCAGAAAGUUUUGAUGAAAUUUGAUAUUGACCCUAGUAGUAGAAGUUGGGUGCUGAUGUCACUUGGAACUAAAUGGAGAAACUUUAAGUCGCUUCUCAAGACUACUCAUUAUGACACACAUUCAACCGAUGAAGAACGCCUUGCAGAUUGUGAUGACAGGGUCCUUCCUGAUCAGUGGGCAGUUCUUGUUUCUCAAUGGAGCUCUGAAAAAUGGCAGCGUAUCAGUGCCAAAAAUAAGGCCAAUCGUGCUAGGCAUAAGUUUAGUCACACCUCGGGCAAAAAAAGCUUUGCUAGAAUACGUGAAGAGGAGAGGGCAAAAAGGACGGACGGGCAGGAACCAUCACGGGCAGAACUAUUUAUCUUGACCCGUACACGGAAAAACGGUCAGCCGGUGAAUGAGGCGACAGCUGCUGUGAUUUCACAACUACGAGAGACAGAUGGUAACAAGAAUGAAGUAAAAGAUGAUGUGUAUGAGCGGGUAAUGGGAGUGGAUAGAAAAGGCGGUGUCUCCUUAUACGGAUUAAAUGCUACUACCCCUUCUCGUCCCGGCCCUGAAGUUUCUACGCGAGUUGAGGCGUUGAAUAUGGUUGCGGAAAAGAAUGCCGAAGUUCUUCAAAUGAAGGACAAACUUGCAUCACUCGAACAAACAUGUUCACAGAUGUCUGCUCAGAUGUCUCAAAUGCUCUCAAUGAUGUCUACCUUGCACAAGGCUACCCCUCCUCAGAACAUCCCCAAUACCGUUGAUGGCACUUUGAUUCCGGUGGGUACACCCAAUCAAUCAGAACCCACUUCUACAUCUAUUCAUGAGGUUCCUGUGAAACAGACUCGCGGAAGGAAAAAGAGAAGGUAGGAAAGGAAAAGAUAAUCUCCAUGUGUAAUAUGUUUUUUAGCUAUUGGUAAGACUUGAUAUCUCGUUAAAAAAAGAUGUCUUAGAUUAACUUGUUAACGAAACAUAUUUGUGAUGCACCCAGUAGUAGGAUUUUUAAAGUUAAAAUGUUGCUCACAAAUGACUAUUUCGGCAUCUUAUUACAAAAAGUUUGGAUAAGGAUACACUAAUGUGUAGUUUUUUUCUUCUGAA